AAUAAAAAGAGCCAAAUGGGACACAGGAAGGGAGAGACUGAGAGACAAUACGCUACCACCAUGGCCAUGGGCACAUCCUCUUCGAUGCUCGGCGGCGCUCUCCUUCUCUUCAUCAUCCUCUCCUCGGCCACUGAUGUUCACGGCGGGUCAAGCUCGAGCGUCGCGCCAAGUUCCCCGCUGAACGACCUCUGCUUCGCCCUCGGCGGCUGGUACGUCACUCCGGAUCUCUGCGUGUCCGCGCUCUGCAUCGACCCCUCCUGCCGCUCCGCGCGCGGCUUGCCGGAGCUCGCGGUGCUCGCCACCAAGCUGACGGUGGCCAACGCCACGGCAACCAAGGCCAGCGUCGAGUCCGCGCUCGCCCACGCCAAGGACGCCAAGGCCAGGAAGGUCAUGCGGUCGUGCCUGCAGGUCUACGUCGGCGCCGUCCCGCGGCUCCGGUGGGCGGCGCGGUCGGUCGCUGCGGGGCGAUACGGCGGCGUUCCGGACGUGCUAGAGGCGGCGUAUAGGGGCGUCGUACACGAGUGCACCAGCUUGGCCGCCGACCUGGGCGUGGCGCUUCCAAAGGAGAACAACGAGUUCUUCAUGAUGGCACUCGUAGUGCACGCCGUCGUCGAUAGGGUGCAGCGGCUGACCAAUGGACCAAAUCCAUUCAUUGACCCGCUCUUCCCUUCCUAA